CCACAGAUAAACAUGCCUCAGCAAGAACAAUGGCUGGGGUGUUGGAUGAUGUGUUGUCACCAGAGCACCAUCCCCGCUGCUCUGUGUUCUUCAUCACAGACGCCGCCUCCUCCGACCCAUCAACUAUCGCUUUAAUGAAGGUGUUACGGGUCCCGGGAGGUGUGGGCGUCUUUACGGCAGCAGCGGAUGUCUUGGAUGGUAAUGUUACACUCCAGCAGCUUCCUCAGGUGCUUUCUCUGGCUCGCAAGCUGCGGCAGGUGUCGUGGUGCGUGACGGUGGUGGUGGUGAGCGACGACCUCACCUUCCUCGCCACCUUCGCCCAGUGGUCCCUCAAGGGCCGCCUCCUGGUGUGGUCGACGAGGCUCCUGGUCGUCACCCGCCUCCCCCUCCACCACCUGCACCACCUCCACACGCUCCUCUCCAACACCAACUCCAUGUUGAUCAUAUAUGAAGAAUCACUAGACAGCAUCAGGUGCGGGGUGUACCUGCAGGUGCCGUACAGUCCCCUGGGCGCCCAGGCGCUGAAGGUGGCCUCCUGGACGCCCCAGCGAGGCCUCGCUCUCACCUCCAGCCUCCCGCUCUUCCCAGACAAGUUCUCAAGCUUCCCCCUGCGGCCGACUCUGAAACUGGCGGCGGAGGUAAACCCACUGAACAGUUUGGUUAUGGAUGGGACCCGUGAAGGAGCCGAAACCCGUGAGCAAGGGACGGUACAGUUCGCAGGACCGGCGGCCCUCUUAGUGUCGUACCUCGCCACGGCUCUCAACUUCUCGUAUGUGUACACGAGACCUCCUGAUGGGGCUGCUGGAAGUAAGCGCACCGAUGGAACCUGGUCAGGCAUGCUGGGAAUGGUCAGCAGGCAGGAAGUGGAUAUAGCAGUCGGCCCCUUCGGUAUUAGUAGACUCCGGGCUGAGAUAGUCGACUUCACAGCGCCAAUGUUUAUAGACAACUUGAGAAUCUUGGGAGCUCGAGGCCGGCCGGAAGUGAACCCGUGGGGCUUCCUGUUUCCUCUGGAGCCGUUGGUGUGGUCGGCCAUCCUGGGGGCGCUGCUGGUGCUGCCGCUGACGACCCUCCUCAUGGCCUCAUGCUUCUCACUCAACACCCACGGACACAACUACAGCUUACCGCCUACUUCCGCCUACCUCCGCAUUUUGUUGAAUCAGAAUGUAUUGGACUCUGGUGCGUACUGGUGGUGGGAGCGAGUGGUGUUGGCAGUGUGGGGGCUGGUGACGGUGGUGUUGACGCAGAGCUACGCCGGCAACCUCAUGGCUCUCCUGGCUGUGAGGUACAUCCCUCAACCCUACCAGUCUCUCCGAGAUGUGCUGGAUGACGGGUCGGUCAUCACGAUAUGGGAAAAAGGCUCAUCUAAUGUACAAUUUGUACGAGAAAUCGAGUCUGGAAUGUAUCGGGAGAUUGCUGAUCUGAAGGAUAAAGGUCGCCUCAUAUACAUAGUUCACACAGAGUUCGAAGAGAGUAUGCACACCUUGGUGAAGCGUGGAGACUACGUCCUCAUGGAACUGGAUUAUGGAGUGAAGAUUUACAUGUCACGAGAUUUUACUUCAUCAGGGAAGUGUUCAUUCUACGAGUCGAGAGAGGGAUUUAUGACUCUGAUGUUCGCUAUGGCAGGCCAGAAGGGAAGUCCUGUUGUGUCAGCGUUGAGUAAGAGGAUCCGCGCGGUGACGGAGGCGGGACUGUUCAGGUACUGGAUGAAGGCGGCGGAGCCCAACUCCACUGUGUGUUACCAGGCUCCCACCACCAUCACCGUCCAGGAGUCUCUCUCUCUUAACAACAUCUGGGGAAUGUUUGUCAUCCUGACUGCUGGCCACACCAUCAGUGUGUUGGUACUGUGUUUGGAGCUUGUGACUGACACGUUCUUCAUUGAUCGACUCCAUUAAACUUGGACUUUAUCGUGUUUUUUGCUGAUAUACACUUUUUAUAAUUGCUUACUUUAGGCGAUAUACAGAGUGGGUCGGAGGUUAGGAAAUACUCCCUUAUAUACAUGUAUGUUAAUGAAGAUCCGUAAUAAUGUUAACAACUUUACCUUGCUAAUGGAAACAAAAAUCCUCUCAUCUGUGACUUUAAAAUUGCUCAAGUCCUUUUUUCCUCUCACUGGAGAUCCAUGUUCCCCUACAAGUUAAGCCUCUGUAAAAAUGUUGUGAUUUGUUUUAUUUAAAGAUGCGUUUUAAUUUUUCAUAUUAAGGGACCACAGAAAUAUAAAUGUGUACAACUAAAGCUAGAUAUUACUCAUACUUAUUACCAAUUCUUGCCUCAUCUUCGUUUGUCAUUUUUGCAUUGUAUGUAAUUUUAAUUAGUUUUUUUAUAUUUUAUUUAAAACAUUAA